GCCUGCGCCAGAACGGCUGCCUCGCUCCCGGAAGUGGAGGGUCUGCACCGAGAGUGCCGCUGGGUCUGGGUGCCCGGAGGCAGAAGCGUUGGCGGAGCUCGUUUGUCCGCCCCCGACCGCCAUGUCGUCCUUCGACACCAACCCCUUCGCAGACCCAGUGGACGUAAACCCCUUCCAGGAUCCCUCUGUGACCCAGCUGACCAGUGCUCCACAGGGUGGCCUGGCGGAAUUCAAUCCCUUCUCAGAGACAAAUGCAGCGACAACUGUUCCUGUCACACAGCUCCCUGGGCCCUCGCAGCCGGCGGUUCUCCAGCCUUCAGUGGAACCAACCCAGCCAACCCCCCAGCUCCUGCUUAGACAGGCCAGCGAGUUCCUGCCUACCAGACUCCUGGCAGUGAGGGAGCUCUCAGAGAGGCAGAUGCUGCUAGGAGGAGAUAGUAUUCUCAGAGACAGCUACACGCGAAAGCUUCCGAAGGCCGUGGCCUCCGCAGCGCAGGCAAGCCUGCUCCGGCAGCAGGAAGAACUGGACAGGAAAGCAGCUGAACUAGAGCGCAAGGAGCGGGAGCUGCAGAACACAGUGGCCAACUUACACGUAAGAGAGAACAACUGGCCGCCCCUGCCCUUCUGGUGCCCUGUCAAGCCCUGUUUCUAUCAGGAUUUCUCAGUGGAGAUCCCUGCCGACUACCAGCGGAUAUGCAAGAUGCUGUACUAUCUCUGGAUGUUGCAUUCAGUGACUCUGUUUCUGAACCUGCUUGCUUGCCUGGCCUGGUUCUUAGUCGACAGCUCCAAGGGAGUGGACUUCGGCCUUUCCAUCCUGUGGUUUAUCAUCUUCACCCCCUGUGCCUUCCUUUGUUGGUACCGACCCAUCUAUAAGGCCUUCAGGUCCGACAAUUCUUUCAGCUUCUUCGUGUUCUUCUUCAUAUUUUUUUGUCAAAUAGGGAUCUAUAUCAUCCAGUUGGUAGGCAUCCCUGGCCUGGGGGACAGUGGCUGGAUCGCAGCCCUGUCUACGCUGAAGCAAGACCACUUGGCUGUGUCGAUCAUCAUGAUGGUGGUGGCUGGCUUCUUCACCCUGUGUGCUGUGCUCUCACUCUUCCUUCUGAAGCGGGUGCACUCCCUGUACCGCCGGACGGGGGCCAGCUUCCAGCAGGCCCAGGAGGAGUUUUCCCAGGGCAUCUUCAGCAACAGGACCUUCCGCAGUGCCGCCUCAUCUGCUGCCCGAGGAGCCUUCCAGGGGAACUAGUCCUCCUGACUCUCCUUCCUCUACCCCAGCCUUUUCUCUCGCCUGCCUUCUAGCUGCACUUUCCGUGGGUGCCUUAAACGGUGGUUAUGCCCAGCACAGACCUGGGGAGGGUCUUGCACAGUCCUUCCUCCUUCCUCAGCUACCAGCUCCAUUCUGCCCGAGGGGAGGGGAGGGAGGGACAGGGACUUUUUUUUUUUUUUACACAAGAGAAAAAAGGAAAAAAAAAAAAGCUGUCUUUCCUUCUCUGGUGGUGGUUUGGUAGGUUCGAAGCAGUGGGACUGUAGUUCACUUCCCCUUACACAGGUACAUGCAGGCGUGCACGUGCACACACACCCACACACAUCACAUAGGUGAACACAGUUGGGAUCACCAGCUGACCUGGGCCCAUGCCAGCUGCAGUUUUAUUUCUGCCAAGGUCCUAGGACUCCACUCCUCCCCCAGCAGGCCUGGCCUGCAUCUGGCUCCACAGGCCCAGCCUUUGGCUUCCACAGUCCUGCCUUUCUCUCCUGCCUAGGCAGGAGUAGUCUCCCCAGGCCCCCCUUUAGAUGAGCUGCAGUCCAGGUGGAUGGAAAGCUCUGUUCCCCAGAUCACUCUGAGGUGGUCUCUGGGCUUCCAGAGCCUCUGACACGGUCACUCCCAGGCUCUUCCUUGCCUUCUGUUUCUCCCAGAUUUAUAGCCCUUUAGUGCCCCCUGCACCUUCCUGGUGUGGGAGGCAUGUGUGCCCUCUGGGGCCCUCUCUGAGCCCUUGCCCUCUCCCCUGUUGACUUAUUGAAUGUGCAGUGGGUUUGGCUGGGAUUCGGGGAUGGAGAGGGAUGGAGGACAUUGACCCCAAGUAGUCCUUUGCCCAGCCUUUGACAGUUGUCUAAGGGGGUAGAGUCUGACUAUCCUGGUGUGGUUUGGCCUUGUUUCGAUAUCCUCUCCUCCUGAGGGACAGUGGCCCUUAGCUGUGGCCUCAGAUUCUUCCCCACUCUGCCUUCUCCCCUCAGCAAUAUCUCGUGUGUAUGACUCUUCGGGGGGCAGAAGAAUCAGUCCAGAACUGCAUCCCUCUCACUGGACUGAUGAGCCACUUUACUGAGGGCUACCCUGUACCCCCCCCCCCCCAUGGAACCUAGGUCACCUGUCACUGGUCCUGGGGAUUCCUCAGGUGUGUCCCGUGUGAUGGGCGCCUGGGAGUCCACAGAUAAAACCUGCACCCUGUCCUCUAAAGGCCAUCUACAGGGGCGGGUGUGUGGUCUGAGGGGACUUCUCAAAAAGCUGGCCAACUGCCUGCGCCUGGGACCUGGGGCCCACCCCAGGCAGUGUGCAGACUGCCCACUCAGCCCCAGAGCCACUGAUCAUGGCAGUGACCAAGGUUUUGUACACUUUCUGGUAUUUUUUUCUUCAUGUACAAAUGUAUAUGUUAUGUCUCAAUUUUUGUGCUUUAAAUAAAAACAAGACAUUUUCAGACAA